GGAAGCGCACUGGAAACGCUAGUGCGCCAAGCUCGCAAGAUCGUCGACAACGGACAUAGCCCCCGGCGAAGCGACAUUGUUGCCAAGGUGAUCCUAUCACCCAGGGCCGGAUACCUUUGUCGAAGCGACAUUCUCGACCUUCGCAUGCGCCAUUCUGAGUUCAUCUCCGCGGUGAUCCGAUUCACAGACUGCCAAGACUAUCUCCUCGGAUCAGGUGGGAGAGAAGGAGAAGAAGAAGCAAGCAUUCUCCCACUCCUCGCCUCGUCGCCUGGAGCACUGCUACUCAAGCAGUCGACGCACGACUCCUCUCCCCUCGACACCCUGCAACUGCUCCAAGACGACCUCGCGAUGCGGCUAUCCUUCCCAUGGAUACUUCCCACCCAGCCCAAGCCGCGCAGGGUAGCCGUUAUCGGUGGACGGGGCAUGUACGACGUCCACGGGAGAACCUACGGGUCGCAGGGCUUCUUCGAGGCGGCGCACGCGCUGGGGGUGUCGCUGAUUGUCCUGGACCAGCAUGACCACUGGCUCGCGGGCGAGGCUUACGCGCAUCUUCGCGAGGAGUUCAUCGCACUGGACCUCUCCGCUCGGGCGAACCUCCCCGAGCGCAUCGCCGCAGCCGUCCGUGGCCGGGCCAUCGACGGGAUUGUCACUUUUACCGACGAGUACGUCGUGACAACGGCCGAGGCGGCCGAAUCUCUAGGGUUGCCGACUGAGCCAGCGGCGGCGAUGCGGCAGGCGCAUCACAAGCACGAGAUGCGACGGUUGCUGCUCUCGCAGCAGCAGCAGACCGACAACAACAAGAACAACAAUGCCAGGAGCACCCAAGUUCAGGCGAUCCACCUCCAUAGCGCGGCCCAACUGGACCACCCUCCCCCUGCCCUCGCCAACCAGCUCGCCGCCCUGCAGUACCCGCUGGUCGUCAAGCCCUGCCGGGGCCAGUUCUCCACCGGCGUGAUGAAGGUCGCCGACGAGGCCAGCCUGCGGCAGGCGGCUGCAAUCCUAGGGCGAAAGGAUCCCCGCCUCGCCGAGCAAGGCAUCCUGCUUGAAACGUACGUCGCGGGGCCAGAGCUGGACGCCAACUUCGUCCUCCUGGACGGCGUCGUGUUGUUUCUGGAGGUGACGGACAACUUUCCGUGCUCCGGUGACGAUCGAUCGGCCACGCUGGAGGCCAACUUCGCCGAGACGCUGCAGAUCUCCAACACGCGGCUCCCAGCCCGCGAGAUCGAGGUGAUCCGCGAGAAGCUCGGCCGGAGUCUCCGGGCGCUGGGCUUGCGGUCAGGCGUGUUCCACGUCGAGGCGCGCAUGCGCAAUUCCGCCAUGCGGUAUGAACGGGUGGUGGAGAGUGUUGUGCGGGACGACAGCAGCGAGGGGAAAGGUGGUGUUCCCCAACCCGACCCCUUCCUCAUUGAGGUCAACGUCCGUCCUCCCGGCACGGGAGGUACUUGGUCGACCCUGUAUACUUACGGUGUAGACCUUGGCGCCCUCCAGCUCCUGCGCGCGCUGAACGAUCACGAACGUUUCCGCGCGCUGUCGAGCCCGUUUCGCGUUCCUAGAGGGCAGCAUCAUCCCGGCGACGGCGGGGGCGCGCAGUACUGGAACGCGCACUGCAUGGUUCCCGUGCAUCGCGACUGGGUGCGGGUCCCCGCCGACUUCUUUGAACGGGUGUACCAAGCGAUCCCCGAAAUCGUGCCGUACGUGUCACGGGCGGAGUUGUCGGUCGAACCAGGAACACUGGUCCCGUCGGCUGGGGAGGUCCCGUGGAUUGGCUAUCUGCUGAUGCAUUCCAGAGUCAGUCGACGGCAUUUGCUAGGGAUGUAUGCGCGGUUUGCGGGGGCUUGUAGGGCAGUUUUGGACGCUACGAGUGGGGAUAAGCUUCUUGUCUCUUAG